ACCCGACCCGAGAGACGAGCUCAAAGGCGGACCGGGCUGACCUUUCUAUUAUCAGAAAGUUCGACCGCCGAUCUCUGCACCGUCUUCAUGUUGUGCGUUCGUCCCGUUUCCCAGCUUUCUCCUUCGAACCCUAAUUUUCGCUGCGAGAAAAUGGCUAUGAGGAGAUUGCUACUAUUUCUUAAGCCAUUUGAUGCCAAUCCUGUUCUCCAUUCUGACGGCUUUUCUCGCGUCACCAGCCCUCAGAUCUUACGUCACCUAGAGAACAGGCAUGCAGUGCACAGGGAGGCCAUAAAAUUUUGUAAGGAUGUUUUGCAGCAGAAGCCUGUGGAUUGGGAAGCUGUAUUUCGCAAUGAUCUAUCUGAGCCAAUUAGCAAUGUAGACCUUGUUGUCACGGUUGGUGGUGACGGCACCCUUUUGCAGGCCAGCCAUUUAUUGGACGAGUCAAUUCCUGUUCUUGGAGUAAAUUCUGAUCCGACACAAGUGGAUGAGGUAGAAGAGUUUGGCAAUCAGUUUGAUGCUUCUAGAAGCACAGGCCAUCUUUGUGCGGCAACUGUUAAUAACUUUGAGCAAGUAUUAGAUAGUGUCCUCAGUGGUGUAGCAUCCCCUUCCAAGUUGUCAAGGCUAUCCAUAUCUGUAAAUUCAGAGUUGCUCACAAAGUAUCCUCUCAAUGACAUAUUAAUUGCUCAUCCAUGUCCCGCAUCGGUCUCUCGAUUCUCGUUCAAAAUUAGGAAUGAGCAGCCAUGUUCGCCCUUGUUGAACUGCCGAUCGAGUGGUCUAAGAAUUUCGACUGCUGCUGGAUCAACAGCUGCGAUGCGAUCAGCAGGUGGAUUUCCCAUGCCCAUUCUAUCUCGGGACCUUCAGUACAUGGUACGAGAGCCCAUGACCCCAGGAAAACUGUCCAAUUUUAUGCAUGGGAUGGUAUUGUCAGAUCAGUCGAUGGAAAUGGCCUGGCUGUGUAAUAAUGGUGUGAUUUACAUUGAUGGUUCUCAUGUUUGUCAUCCUAUUCAAUACGGUGAUGUCAUUGAAAUAUCUUCCAAGGCCCCGAGGCUGAAAGUUUUCUUGCCUCAUCAUAUGUUGUAUACAGCCAGAGAAGAAACUUCAGAGCAACAUACAUAUCCAAAAUAGAUUUUUUAACUGCAUAUAUGCAACCGAGUCGUCAACAUGAAAUGUUCUGAGCAUAUGAACGAGCAUGAAGUUAAUCUAUGUGCAGGACCGAUUUGGCUUUUUUGCAGGACUGGGGUCAUCAGAUGCUUUCUUGCCGAGCAUUUUGAAUCAACAUGUAAGAUCAUUAACAACACGUAUCUGAUGGACAAAUGAAGGCAUUUUUCAAGGGGUGGCUUUUGACAAUUUUUCUGUACAUAUGAGAAUGAAAAAUGCGGUCUCUAGCUAAGAAUUGAGCUGUGAAUACCUGGAUUGUCGUCCAACCUUCUUUGCUUGUGCGUAACUUUUUGAAACUUAACCUUUCACGUUUUGGUGUUUGUUUAUCAACUGUUUAGAAGGUUCUAAAUCAUACAUUUUCGUGUAGGAUUGCACAAAAUACUUUUUGAACCUUGAGAUAUGUCUUAGUUACACUGCUUUUGAAAUAA